AUGGCGAAAGCCACCAAACGAACAGGAAAGGGCAGGCAGCCCUCGUCCAAAUCCGCAGUUAAGCCGCCAACACCGUUUGUCAAGGCACCUCCAGUCUUGGAACCAUUUCUGGAGACACUCUCGCCAAAUGAAAUAUAUCUCAUACACAUCGACAGAGAAAGCCCAGACUUUAAGAAACAGCUGUUCAUUCUCCCGAUUCUUCUCAAUACUGCCAUUAUACUAUUUUUGGUGUAUCGCAUCUACAACGCGUUCUACGUUUACCCAGAGAUUUUCGCCUCGGCGCUAGGACUAUCGACAAAAUCGACGGUGGACUUGACCUCACAGCCCAUCAAAACGGCAGCUGGCACGAUCCUGAGACGCACACUCACUUUCUCUAUUGAUUAUUUCUUCCUCACCAUCUUUCUCGCUUGGCCCAUUCGAUUCAUCCAGGGCCCGAUCUACUGGCGUCGAAAGGUUGGCUUCCGUCAGCGGGAAGUGGUUGUACGACUAAGUCGGAGUACUUGGUCGGCGGAUCUUGAACGCAAUCGUUGGGUAUACGAUGACGAGAAGGUCGUUCGCGAGAGAGUUGUCCCUGCUGUAGCUCCCCAGAGAAUCAAGAAGAGCGGCUACCUUCUCAUCGACGCCGAUUGGGAUCUAGACUACAACGCCAUGGUGCGGGCGCAUGAGCUGAUUAACCAGAUAAGUAAAGGGUCGGGGGUACAACUUGACGAAUUCCGCGCCGCCAUUCUUGUGAACACGGAUGAUGAAGGGUGGCUCAUCUGGCGGGUUGCCGAUGAAGACACCAAGGAACGGGAACAACAACGCGAUCAACUACUUGCAUUUCAGCAGAAGCUUGCGGCAAUGGGCAAGGAAGAUCUUUUCUUCCGCUGGGUUGAGCUGGUUCAGUACGAGAGUUCUCAACCGGGAGGCUUUACCCCUGAGCGGCAGCGCAACGCUAUGCUGCAAGCCCAGGAGAUGUUUGAAUCUGAGGGAGUCGACUUUUCUCAGUUUUGGCGGGAAGUCGGCGGUAUGCAAGGAGGCAUCAACUUGUCAUGA